CACUCAAAUCAUAAAUUGAGUAAUUCAGGAUCCAAGGUAUCAUGAUCCGAAUUCAUGUGUAGACAAUACUGCCCGACUGAAGUAUUUCUCGAAUGAGAGGGCUAUCUUUACUCCCUGCCUUAGAUUUCUCACUAUAUUGAAGAAAAUUACAAAAUUUUCACUCUAUAGUCUGCACAAAAACGUCAACAAGCCCACCUCCCAAAAGGAAAAGAAUAAAAAAUGAAAAUCUUUCAUAUUGAUAACAGUGGAUUGAGCCAAUACCCAUAAAGGUUCAAUUAUAAAUUUGAGAGGUACACUAAUGGGUCACCUCAAAACAUAAGAAUCUACAUAAAAAAUAAAAUAAAAAGAAACAUAGAACACGUUAUGAUCUAUGAAUGACUUGGUCAAGCUGAGUUCCCCAUCAGACAACCUGUCUGAAGCUCAGAAUAUGAAACUUCAAGCUGCAAAAUGGAUUAAACAAAGGAUAUUGAAGUUGAAACCAACAAAGGGUUAUGAGUUAGUCGAAAAUUAGAAAGGAAAAUGCAAUCAAAUUGUAUCAGAGAAGUAUCAAGAGCCUGUUCCAAUGAUUGCUGCUCAAAUCUUUUGAUUGGCUUGCCAGAGACUCGAAGUUCGGCCAGUAAGGUAACAAGCAGUGGUAUCAAUCCUCAACAUGAAUUUACAACUGCCAUACUUGCCUCUAUUCAACCAAAUAGCAAUUUUACUAAUCACGAGUCCCUUCCUUCGUCGAUAGAAUUGUUUUCUUAUCUUGAAAAUGCAUAUCCAUACUACUCGACUACCGUUCUUGCAGAUAAUAUUCGAGCUCAAGAAUAUAAUCAUAUCGUGGUCUCAAAUCAUGUGUGUCUAGAUUACAUAGGCCAUGGUCUUUUCUCCUAUUCCCAGCAGCAGGGACAUAAUUUCACGGCUGAAAUUGCUUCUUCUUCAACAUCUACCCCUCCAAGACCUUCUGAUUCACCGUUCUUUGACAUUUCAUACAAGUCGGUGAAUUUGAACUCGUUCUUGUUAUAUGGAGGUCAAGAAUCAGAAUUCGAAUCCUCAACGCGAAAAAGAAUCAUGAAAUUCAUGAAUGUCUCCGAAGAGGAUUAUUACAUGGUUUUCACAGCCAACCAGUCAUCUGCAUUUAAGCUUCUAGCAGACUCUUAUCCUUUUCAGUCUAAUAAGAACCUUCUUACAGUAUAUGAUUAUGAGAAUGAGGCAGUGCAAGUGAUGAUCGAGAGCUCUAAGAAAAAAGGUGCACGACCAAUAUCAGCAGUGUUCUCAUGGCCUAAUUUGAGGGUCAAUUCCAGAAAGCUCAGAAAACUCGUUGUGAAUAAGAGGAAGCUGAGUAAUCGGGGUUUGUUUGCUUUUCCUCUUCAGUCGAGGAUGACUGGAGCGCGAUAUUCUUAUCAAUGGAUGAGCCUGGCAAGGGAAAAUGGAUGGCAUAUUUUGUUGGAUGCCUGUGCAUUAGGACCUAAGGAAAUGGAAACAUUAGGACUCUCUUUGUUCCAACCUGACUUCCUAAUUUGCUCCUUUUACAAGGUUUUUGACGAAAACCCAUCGGGAUUUUGCUGCCUGUUUAUUAAGAAAUCCAGUGUCUCAGAGUUGUGCAAAUCCUGCACAAGCAUGGGAAUUGUCAGCCUAUUGCCAGCAAAUGAAUCGUUUGAACAAUUAGCCUUUAACAAGGCAGAAAACGAACAAGAAACAGCAAUAUCACAACAAGAAAUCGAAGAAACUCCGGAACAAAUUCACCUAAAAGAAUCAUCAGUUUCUGAAAUUAUUGAGUUGGAUGAAACCCCUCAUACAGCACAAUCAAGAAACCAAGAAUCCGAUGCCGGUAGAACCUCAGGAGAAAUCGAAUGCCGGGGUUUGGAUCAUGCAGAUACACUAGGCCUAAUACUGAUCAGUAGUAGAACAAGAUGCCUUACAAACUGGCUGGUGAACGCAUUAAUGUCUCUUCAGCAUCCACAUUCAGAAAAUGGGCUCCCCUUGAUCAGAAUCUACGGACCAAAGAUAAAGUUAGAAAGAGGGCCAGCAGUUGCAUUCAAUGUAUAUGACUGGAAAGGAGAAAAAGUUGAUCCCACUCUUGUACAGAAGCUAGCUGAUCGGAACAACAUUUCUGUUGGUUGCGGCAUUUUAACAAACAUUUGGUUCUCAGAAAUUUACGAAGAAGAGAAGCAUAGAAUGUUGGAAACAAGAAGUAGAAAGAAAGAAUCUAAGAAGAAAGACAAGAAUUCAUACAGGAUUUCUGUGGUAACGAUUUCAAUUGGGAUGUUAACGAAUUUUGAUGAUAUGUACAGAAUCUGGGCAUUUGUUUCGAGGUUUCUUGAUGCAGAUUUUGUGGAGAAAGAACGAUGGAGAUACACUGCUUUAAAUCAAACAACUGUCGAGGUGUAGAAUAUACGUUGAUUCCUUCAUCUGCGAUUUCUGCAAAUUCGCAGAUCAUUCAAAUCGAAUGUACAUUAUCAAUUGAAUUGCUGCAUUUUUUGCAGUAAUUUCGGGGUUAAUUUCAGUAGGUUUGAUUGAUUUUAUUUUUAGUGGAAAUUGUCCUCUCUCUU